AAGCGCGCCCGGCCCCGCGGCGCUACCCCGAUUUCGCAGACAGAAAGGCCCGGUAUCACCCUCCGCGCCUCCAUAACCCCGCACCGCGCCUCCCGUGCCGCCGGCGACGUGUCGGCGCCCUCCGCCUGCGCGGCGAGUUUCCUUCAGGCACUGGCCGGCAGCCCAGUCGCGGGGACGAGGGCGCGGGACCCUGGCGGCGCGACCGGGCGGAAGCGGGUUGCCCGGGGGCACGCGGCCUGGCUGAGCGGCGGCGCCGAGAUGAGUGGCAAAGAAGGGUACAGAAAACGAAAGCAUGACAAUUUUCCUCAUGGCCAAAGAAGAGACGAAAAAGAGAAUGUUAAUCCAUCUUCAGCUUUGAUGAAAUCUUUUAAAUCGUUUCAGCUGGAGCUUGACACAAGGCAUGAUAAAUAUGAACGGCUUGUGAAGCUCAGUCGUGAUAUAACAAUUGAAAGCAAAAGAACAAUAUUUUUGCUCCACAGGUUUAUCAGUGCUCCCAAUGGGGAAGAAAUACUACAUGACUCUCAAGUCAAGCUAGAUGCUAUCCGACGGAAGAUUAGGCAGGUUGCACAGGAACUGAUUGGAGAAGACAUGUAUCAGUUCCACAAGGCUAUAUCUCCAGGACUUCAAGAGUAUGUCGAGGCAGUCUCGUUUCAGUAUUUUAUCAAAACAAGAUCUUUGAUUAGUAUUGAAGACAUCAACAAACAGCUAAUAUUUAAACCAGAAGACAGAGAAGAUACAAGCAUGAUCUUCAAUUACCGUGAUCUAAUACCACACACUUUGAGCCUGAAGGUAACACCUGUAGACUACCUGCUGGGAGUGGCUGAUCUAACUGGAGAGCUGAUGCGGCUGUGCAUCAGCAGUGUUGGAAACGGUGACAUAGAUACGCCUUUUGAACUGAGCCAGUUCUUGCGUCAGAUUUAUGAUGGUUUUACUUUCAUUGGCAACACUGGACCUUAUGAAGUAUCCAAGAAGCUGUAUACCUUGAAACAGAGUCUGGCAAAAGUAGAGAAUGCCUGCUACACGUUGAAAGUACGGGGAUCUGAAAUCCCCAAACAUGUGCUGGUUGAUGUGUUCUCCACCAAAACAGAAUUGAUUGACCACGAGGAGUGUCUUUCUUAGAAUAAGGAGAUUGUCACAACUCAGAAGGGAAGAGGACUUAGAGAAAGCUUUUCAGUUACGAUUUGUCUCAAAGUUUUUUAGGUAGAGACACUUUUAGUUUUAUCUAUGAGAAGAUUCUUUGCAGUAGUAAUUUGUAACUCAAAGUACUUUUUAUGAUGUGCAAGAGAACAAAUGUUUGACUUUGUCCUCUCUGAAUGGAAUUUCCUGUAUUGCUCCAUCGUAUCUUCUUUUGGAAUGACUAAAAUUUCCACUCUGCUCUACACCAGUGACUGUGAAUUAUGUGAGUCACCUCAGACUGUUGUGGUUGUUGUUAUCAGUUUUCAGGAAGCAUAGCAGUGGCAAAAAAUAACUAGGUAUUGUUAUUUAGCAUUAUCCACCAGUUUCUGUUGAUCUCUGUUUUCUGAGUAUUUGAGUUCUAUACUCAUGUCAUACCUAGAGCAAUGCACUUCUGUAUCUUUAAGUUCAUCCCUUGACUUGAAACUGAGGUGGUCUGAAAGGUGCCAUGCAAUGUAUGCUUUCUCUGAUUAAUGCUU